AUGGCUGCCAACGAAAUACAGCACUGGGGCGCGACGCUUUUUGAUUUCUACUACGUCCGACGUAUGCCCGAUUUUGGCGGGUUGCAGACGACGUCGACUGGGAGCAAGCUCGCGACGUGGAUGAAAGCGAACGGAGAGGACUACGCAAAGGACGAGUUGGAGCUUGCGGAGGAGGAGGAAGAUCCGCAGGAGAUCUUCCCCUGUGAUAUCGUGAAGCUUGUUGAGACUACUGAAAACAGGGAACGGACGGGGAUCUCGGAGAUGUUAAGAGGGUCUGAUCGGGGGGGAAAAGGAAAAGAGAAGGAGUUUUUUCGUCACGAGCCGUUCGAUGCGACGUUUACAUCUUUACCGAUUCUUCAACAACGCCUUCCAUUGCACCUUCUGCCAACGACUCUUCACGUUCAUGACCCCUUCCGUUUGCUUCAAGUUCAACGUGGUAGUAACGGGGAACACUCUCAGGCUGCCCAAUCAUGGUCCUCACAACCCGACAUUGUUCACACCUAUAGGCACACCGUCUCUUCAGCUGGCAAAGAGAAUAUGGAAAAGGAAAAGAAGAAACUUAUCUCAGACCGGGAAUUUGAGGAAGUUCUUCAGAAGGGUGCUAAACCCGAAGGACAUUCUUCAAAAUUGCCACCGUAUGGAUUUUAUAUCCAGGGCGACGCUGACCCCACCCCUGGUCCAACCGAACCCUGGGUAUAUGUCAUGCAUGAGCCUCCUCCUCUUCUUAGUACUCCUGCAGAAGCCCACUUGUACUUCUCGCCUUCCCACAUGGCAGGCAAAGGGAACCACUCUUUCGCUUAUCACGCGGAGUGGGACAUCCCUCGCGACAUCCUCGUCCCAGACGUCCUCUGCGAACAAUGCGUCAUUGAUGAAGCCCAGAAAAUUAUUGCUGCUGAGGACGCGGAAGGGACAGACUCAAAAUGGACCACUAAACGCGGGGAAGUUGUGCUCAAAGAAUACGUCCGGCCUGAAUUUGUGACGACUAUGCACGAAGAACCUGACAUUUACGUUUUAAGAGAGCGCAUAGAACUCAACAAGUUAGUCUACGAAGGUCCCGUCCGCAUCGUCCGCACCACGGUCGGGUAUCAGAACCCUGCACGGGGUGGGUACUGCGUCCACCUCUCGGAACAUGCUAGGUUUAAACAUCCACUUCGUGCCACCGUUCGUGUCACGGCGAAACUGUCCAUGCAGGGUGACGCUCACCUAAGUAGGGAGGCGCGCAAUUACCAGGCGUUCCCUGACCAUUUUUUCCAGCAUUGGAAUGGGUAUAACGUUGUCCCGCCGUUGCAUGAGCCGGUACCUGUGGGUGCACUUGUGCCUCAGUAUUAUGGACAUUACGUCCCAGUUGAGGAUAUCCCAGUGAGAAAGGAGAAGAGGGAAACCGGUGUUGAUGAAGUUGUUCAGUCUGACGCGGGUGAUGUCGAUGACGACGCCUCCAUGGAGAGCGAACCCGUAACAGACGAAAGUGAAGGUGAAAGUGAAGAUGAGGAAAAUUCCGUUUAUCGUAGCCCGAUCAUUCUCAUGGAAAAUUGUGGAAGUCCUAUCAACAUCAACGCGCUCAAUAUCGACGAUAAACACGAAUGUGCAUCUCUAUUUUAUCGGUUCCAUCACGCAGGAUGGGUGCACAACUCCGUCGCACCGCGCAACGUUCUCUUCCAGCCUGGUCCUUUAACCGAAUUCCCCGUGUUUCGCACGAUCAACCAGAUGGCGUCUAAUCCUCGAGGCCGGGUGUUCAGCUUCAGGCUCAUUGAUUUUGGGAGGAGCGAGCUUUUUAAGAAUCCCAUGGUGCGCGCGAGUGAGGAGGCCAUUGUUGGGACUACUAUUGGUGUUUUAGGACUUGGGGGGUACUAUCAUCCGUAA